AUGUCCGAAUCAUCUAAAGUGACCAUAAAUUAUUUCUGUAUCGGGGCGUUUCUUAUUUUCAUAGGCUGCGUGCUUAUAUGCUGCCUGGGAUUCAUUAUUGUUCUGCCGUUUGAGACGACCCGGCUCUGGCCUCUCGUCAACUGCAAGGUUGUCAACUCGUCGUACAGUGCCCACUUUUGCUCUUGCGAUGAAGGGUUUUCUGGCAGUUAUGCCAUCGAAUCUGAGGGAGAUAGCUUGUCAGCACAGGAUAAAAUCAAUAGGACAACAUCUGUAGCUAACGUAGAUGCCAUGAUGGAAGCUCAAGUCAUGCUCGUCACAUCUCAAAUUUCAAAGUUCCGUAACAUUCCACCCUCCUCUCCUCAUCUCAUGUGUCAGUCCAAAUAUCCAUGCUUGCAGAUAUUCGUUCAGUUUCAGAUUGAAACAAUUUCUAAAGAGAAACCAGUUCAAAAUUUUUUGGACUCGACCGAUUCGAAACUUCCGUUGGAACUUUACAGCAACGCUGCUAAUGAAUCUUCAUCGACGGACGUGGAGAUAUCGAACGAUGAAAAUUCUUCAAACAUCUCACACACAUCUAUGGAGCAGAACUUAUUCGAUGGUUUCAACUCAAACAUUUCCAUUUCCAACGCAAGUUUGCUCUUCUUGGACCAGGGUGAAACAGCAGACGAUGCAGUGAACGACGAGAAAGUUGAUAGGUCAUUUCAGAUUGCCCAGCUGUACAGGUCAUGGGAUGAUUCCUUCUACUCAAAAUGUUCACUGACCGAAUGCAGUGACGACAUUUGGAACCUGAAAGAGAACCGUCGUUUCAAGCGAGAUUGGGGCCGGCCAGGCGAUUCGUUCAAAUGUUACUACAACCCGAACAAACCCAGAGUCGCCAUAAUCGACAAGACACCAGCUUCAGUGGUUCUACACGCCGUUCUCUGGCCGGUUUUGUGUCUACUCGCCGGCACCUCCCUUUGGAUCUGCCUCUGCUGUGGCUGUUGUAAAGCAGGGGACAAGGACUCAAACUGUAAAGAAAAAUAUAAAAUUGUUGCAUGA